UUUUUUCAUUUCUUAAAGAUUUUGAGGUUGAUGGCGCUCAUCAAUAUAAAGUUAGUGACUUCUUUUUACAUCAAAACAGUUGGGGAGACAGGAAAAAAAGAGAGUGUCUGAAAACAAAACUAAAAGAAAAGAAAUAGAGUACAAUGAGGAUGCCUGAGUUCUCCUCCUCAUCCUCCUCCGGCAAGAACAAUAACAACAACACGAAUAAUAAUACAAACGUGAAACUAAGAAAAGGGUUGUGGUCGCCAGAGGAAGAUGAGAAGCUCAUGCAUUAUAUGCUGACAAAUGGACAAGGGUGUUGGAGUGAUGUAGCACGGAAUGCUGGAUUACAAAGAUGUGGGAAGAGUUGCAGGCUCAGAUGGAUUAAUUAUUUGAGGCCAGAUCUUAAGAGAGGUGCAUUUUUACCUCAAGAAGAGGAGCAUAUAAUCCAUUUACAUUCCCUUCUUGGUAACAGGUGGUCUCAAAUAGCUGCACGUUUGCCUGGGCGUACUGAUAAUGAAAUCAAGAAUUUCUGGAAUUCAACCUUGAAAAAGAGGCUAAAGAAUUCAUCGUCAUCCUCUACACCAUCACCAAAUGCAAGUGAUUCAUCCUCAGAUCAUCUCUCCAAAGACCUCAACAUAGGAGUUACUCAACAAAGAUUCAUGACAAUGCAAAAACAUAACCUAAUGUCCAUCAACAUGGACUCAACUUCAUCUUCUUCCUCGUCUAUGGCCCUAAACACGAUUAAUAUUGAUCCUUUACCCACAUUAGACCAUACCUUAAUUAACAUGUCUAAUGGAUUCAACAUCGCGCCCUCAUACUUGAGUACUACACAACCAUGCAUGGUACAAGGAGGGAAUAUUGUGGGUACUAAUAAUUGUGGAAGUCUAUUUUAUGGGAAUAAUCAUGGGAUAUUUGGAGGAAAUCUUAGUAUGGAAGGCCAUGAGCUCUAUGUUCCACCAUUGGAGAAUGUAAGUAUUGACUAUAAUCAAAAUGUUGAAAAUGGGAAUUAUGUUGAAAGGAGCAAUCAUCAUCUAAACAACAAUAACCUUAAUAAUAUGAGCAGCUUGAAUAGUACUAGUCAUAAUUUCAAUAGUAGUAGUAAUAUCAAAGUAGAAAAUUUUGGAGGGAUUGGGAAUUAUUGGGAAGGAGAUGAACUAAAGGUGGGAGAGUGGGACUUGGAGGAAUUGAUGAAGGAUGUUUCACCUUUCCCUUUCCUUGAUUUUCAAGUUGAAUAACCUUAUAGGCUAUAAAGAACAUUUAAUUUCCCUAUGGACAUCAAGACCUUUUUUCCUACUUCAACAUUAUGCCACAUAACUUCAAUCCUAUAUAUAGUUCAUAUAAAUUUGGACAGGAAAUAGAAGAUGAGAGGGUAAAGAAUCUCAUGGGAAUAAGGUUCAUUGCCUAGUAGAUAGAUACCUUUUUUAUGGCCUGCCACAAUGCAACUCUUUGUAUAGGAUAUUUUUCAUUACCUUGUACUCUAAACGAUGUAAUUAGAAAAAGGGUAAUUUGGUCAUUUGUACUUCAUUUAGUUGUUUGUAAUAAUCAUCAUAUACUCUUGCAGAGAUAUGUAUAUUCAACUCAAAUGUGAUAAUGUAGAGAUUAGUGAUUGUGUAUUAGUCUUUGUGUACAAAAUCAUUUAAAAUGUAAGCAAUUAUAUAGCUAUGUUUUAAAUAGUGGAUUAAUUAGCUCUA